CCAAGAAAGAAGAAGAAGAAGAAAAAAACCAGAAUCAGAAAAAUGUUGAAAUCAGUAUUCAACAGACAGAAACAACACACAUCAUCAUCAUCCUCGUCGUCAUCGCGUCCAUUCAAAGAAUACUACACAGAAUGGUUCAACACACUCAAAAACAAUCACCUUCCAUUACUACGUCGUUCAAUCUCUGGCGACUCUCUAACCGUCCUCUCAACCCACGUUGAGCUCCUCCAUCAACACUUCCAAUCUUACUACCAUACCCUCGAUGCAGCAGCUAUCACUGACCCUUCUCAAAUCCUCAACCAAGAUUGGCGUAACUCGUUAGAAAAACCUCUCCUUUGGAUCUCUGACCUCCACCCUUUCAUCUUCACUAACCUCGCUCGUUCUUUUCUUGAGGACGAAGACAACAAUGAAACCGAUGAUAUUGAUCAUGAUCUUGAUAUUUCAAUAUCGUCAGUUUCAGACCGUCCAUGGCAAAUAGCGAUGGCGUGGAGGAAUCCAUCAGAGACUUUGAUAAGACGUAUGGAAGAAAUAGAAUGUGGUUUGAAAUCGAUAGUUCCAACGCUGAAUGAAAGACUAGCGAAUGCAGAAGGCGGUUUUGUUGAUCGCGUUGUUGGUGAUUGGUUUUCGUGUAAAGAUCGUGGUGAUAAUAAAGGGAAAGUUGUUUUAGGAAAUGAUGUGAAGGUUUAUAUGGAAGAGUUUGUUAGUGUUUUUCUUUACGCGAAUCGGUUAAGAAGAAGUGUUCUUGUUGAUAUUAUUAGUGCUGCUAGUCAGGGCCGUGUUUAUCAAGCUGCAUUGUUUCUUGAAGGUUUGUCUAUGUUUCUUAUCCGGUUUCGAGAUCAUGAUUUGGUUAAUGUUGUUGAACAUUCCAAGAAUUUUUCAUUUGAUCAUGUCAAAGAUCAUAAAGAGUUUUGUCUUUCAAGAUGUCACUGAAUUUUGGUUCAACUUCAAUCAUCAUCAAUGGAAGAAAAAGGAAAACUGGCUUCAAAUUUUGUGUGUGUUAUGUAAUUUCUUUACUUUGUUCUUCUUUUAUGUAUCAAUAUGUAUCAUAGUGUUAAUGUGAAUUGAAGUUAAUUAGUUGAAUUUUAAUGUGAUCUUGAG